AUGAGGGGAAUAUCGUAUGGGAUCGGAGAUCACACGUCAUCCUCCCACAUCUUACCAAUUAACCAGAUAGUUUACUCCCCUACUCAACGGAAAUUGUUUACUGCUGGAAGAGACGGUUCCGUCAAAAUAUGGAAUCAAGAAUGGGCCCAAGAACCAAAGGAGCCCACCACUACCACAGAUACUUUUGAAACUUCACCCGAGGAGCUAGCUCUUAAAUUGGAGACUCAGAUUUCAGCAAAUCCCCUUCCUUAUCGACGAAAUACAGGCACAUUGACAAUUGCCAACAGUUUUAAUCUCCAUUUCGACUGGGUCAAUGAUUUACAACAAGUUGGAGAACUGGUAUUGGCAUCAGCUUCAAACGACUUAUCACUCAAGCUUUUGAAUUUUCACAAUGGUGAUGUGCAUAAAUUGCCCAAUGUACACAUAGAUUACAUAAAGAAAAUCCAAACGACACAAAAUAAUGGGAUAGUGUCUGCUGGGUUGGACAGCAAGAUUGUAACUUGGGAUUUGAACAACUUGAGCCCAUUAGCAACCCUCAACAAUCAAGAUGGUGUCUAUUCACUAUCAUGCAAUGCGACUUUGAUAGCUGCUGGAGGUGCGAGCCUGGUUGUUAAUUUGUAUGAUGUGAGAAGCUCGCUGAGGAUUCGGACGCUCAUUGGUCAUCAAGACAACGUGAGGUCGUUGCUAAUGGACGACAGGUACGUCAUUAGUGGCAGUUCAGACACCACGAUCAAAAUGUGGGAUUUGCGGACUUUCAAAGUGUACAAGAAUUUUGAUAUUCAUGAUUUCCCCGUGUGGGCGAUGCUGGGAGAUUCAAGGUGUUUUUAUUCGGGUGAUAGAGAUGGUAAUAUAGUCAAGACGGAUUUGUCGAAUUUAUUCAUCAAUAAAGAUGACCAGUAUUUCGAAAAUACCUUCACGACUAAUGAGUGUACCUCAAUUGAUGAAAAAUUGGGAAUUUCGACAAUUAUUGCUCAAAAUGAGUCACCCAUAUUAUCGAUAUGUCACAAUGAUGAUAGUAUUUUUAUAUCUGACUACGAUUCGUUGAGCAGGUAUGUCAAUCCAAACACGUCCCGACUUUCCCAAUAUCAACUUUUGAAAACCUGUCUCGAUUAUUCGCCCAAUGACGAUUCACUCGAUGAAGCACAGCCCAAUGAUGAUUUGAAUUCCAUGUUUCAUGAUUUGGUGAGUCACUUGUCAAAUGACACUGCAAAUAACGAAGUGCAAAGCAAUUACUCUGCUGAGCAAUUUGAGCCGGGUGAAUCGUACAAUUCAAUGUUUUUAAAUGUCAAUGGUGGACCAUCAACUGAGUUUGUCAAUGCGUACCAGCUGGGUCUUGUUGCUUCGGAUGGGUUUGUUGAUACAACUCCAAUUGAGAUUUUACUCAACCCAAGUGACCAAAUUUCUCCGAUUCCAUUCAACUUGAAACCCAUCACCAGGCAUGAGAUAGCCCCACAUAGUGUUGUUUCUAAAAGAUUACUCAACAACAAGCGACAAAUCAUGGCCUUGUAUCUAAAUGGCGAUAUUCGGAUGUGGGACAUUCUAAUUGGUAAAGAGUUGAAAAAGUUUCCUGGUCGUGAGGAUAAACUACUUUCAGGCAAGGAGUUGGAGUACCGACUCAAGGAGAUGGAUGAUUUGGUGCAAAAGUACCAGACCCUGGAUACGCUCAAUAACUGGUGCGAGGUUGAAAUCAAAGCAGGCAAAUUGCUAGUCACUAUCAAAGAGACCUCGGUGAUGAAUGUGGAGGUAUAUUACGACGAUAUGGUGAGGGAUUACCCUUAUCUAGCAAUAGACCAUCCUGAAACAGUUGCACGAAUGGGACAACAUAAACUGCUCGCUGUGGGUGAUGAUGAUCGGUUCCAUCUUGGUUUAAUCUUUUUGAAUUCGAUCUUCCAUGGGUAUACCAUGUACGAAUGGGUGUUUGAUGAGUUGGUUAGAGAGGAACUACGUCAGCUGAAACCAGGCACUGCUGAUAAUGAGAGUAUUACUGGCCGGUUGAAAAACUGGCGGAAAUCGUCAAAGAGGAAUUUGACAGAUGCCUCGCCUAUAAGCUCGGCCAAUGUCAGUGUUAAUGAGAUGCCUAUCAACCCACCCCUAAGUGAGUUCCUUGGAACCCCAGAGGAGAGCUUGAUAAAGAGGAUACCACAAUACAACGACACAAUCAUGAGUUUGUUGCAAGCAAACAAAAAGUUGUACCAAGAGCAAACUAAACUGGAAUCGGCUCUACGAGUGAACCGAGUCAAUCCCGGUUUGGGCAUACGUAGUGAUGGUAAUGAUGAAGAGUUGAGGUAUUUCCCAGUUAUAAAUGUCAAUCAUUUCCCACCGGAUAUGAAUGUGAUCUUAUUUGAGUACUCGCCUGAAUUGGGCAACUAUCGUGAUUUGAGCUCAUUCAAUAUCAGGAACAUCAACAAUUUACUUGAGUUCCCCCAACGUGACCUCAUUGAUGAGUUGCGGUGCUCGUUGCCGCGAUGGAUUGGGAAUCCGAUCCUUUACAAUCGAUUCAGUCUUAAAGAACCGCCAAAGAUUACUUUCCGAUUACUUGAAGUUGAUUAUUUCAACUUGCCUUCGACGGUAAAGAUCGGUGGUAAAUCUCAACGUAAAAUCAAGUCGCUUCCAGCGUUGGAGAGUAGUAUCAAGUUGACGUCACACAACAUGUUGCGGGUGUCAAAGAUUCUUUACUUUUUAACUGACAAGUUUGAUGGUAGUACUAAGGAGAUGAGGGACAAGAAGUUGAAGCCUACUGAUUGGUUGGUGUUGGAGUGCAAAGGGCAAGAGUUGAGCAAUUCAAUGACGUUGCAGACGAUCAAGACAAAAGUGUGGAAAAGUAGCAGUGAUAUAGAGUUACGAUAUAGGAGGAGAUUUGAUUAG